AUGUUCUCCUCGUCCUCCUCAGGGAGUGGCAAGAAGCCGCCGCCACAGCAGGAAAUGGUCCAAGUCGCCUCGCCUCCGCAACAACGACACGCUCCGCGGCCGACGUCUCCUCCCUUCAAAACCUACAUGAACUUCCUCUCCACUACCAAUGACGACUGGAACGCAGACGAUGCAGGCGAGAUAUAUGACUACGAUGACGACGAUGGGGACGACUUCGGCUUGCCAAGCCUUUCAAACAUGAAGAGAAGGACAAAGCGAAUGCAAGACGCUCAGACGAGAGCCAAUGCCGGCAAUCAAUCCUCAGAUAUAGACAGCUACAGCGGUGGCUUCCAUUCCAGGCGGUUCUCCAACAGCGCCGACAUCGCGAUCGAGAGACCGACCCCAUCUUACCCGGUGGCCAAGAAGAGCGAGGGCAAGAUCCUCAGGCCACAGUACAAGGAGAUCCUCAAGGACCCAGCUAAUGCGCUCCACCUCAUCAAUCACCCUUCAACACCACCAAACGCCUCACCUAAAGAAGUCGACGCCAUCAACUCUAGGAUAUCCAGGAUAAAUAAGUUCAAGAAGAUCCUCCAGGCCUCCAGCGUGGUUCUCCCAGACCUGCGGGCAGCAGCAUGGUCAGGCGUGCCGGAGGAGGUCAGAGCCAUGACAUGGCAGCUCCUCCUCUCAUAUCUACCGACGAGCAGCGAGCGGCGGGUGGCGACUCUGGAACGGAAACGCAAGGAGUAUCUAGACGGGGUGAAGCAGUCGUUCGAAAAGGGCACUGGCAGCACUGGCGCGACGGCAGGGAAGGUGGGAGGAGGGUCACGAGGUCUGGACGAGGCCGUGUGGCACCAGAUCAGCAUCGACGUGCCCCGGACGAACCCGCACAUCGAGCUCUACGGCUACGAGGCGACGCAGCGCUCGCUAGAGCGGAUCCUCUACGUCUGGGCAGUGCGCCACCCGGCGAGCGGCUACGUCCAGGGCAUCAACGACCUCGUCACGCCCUUCUGGCAGACGUUCCUCGGCGUGUACAUCACCGACCCGGACAUAGAGCGGGGCAUGGACCCGGGCCAGUUGCCGAAGGCGGUGCUGGACGCGGUCGAGGCGGACUCCUUUUGGUGCCUGACUAAGCUGCUCGACGGCAUACAGGACCACUACAUUGUCGCACAGCCAGGAAUUCAGCGGCAGGUCCGGGCGCUGCAGGACCUCACGGCGAGGAUCGACGCCGGGCUGGCGCGGCACCUGGAGAGGGAGCACGUCGAGUUCAUCCAGUUCAGCUUCCGGUGGAUGAACUGCCUCCUGAUGAGGGAGGUCAGCGUCAAGAACACCAUCAGGAUGUGGGACACAUAUCUGGCCGAGGAAAAUGGCUUUUCUGAGUUCCACCUCUACGUCUGCGCUGCGUUCCUAGUCAAGUGGUCCGACAAGCUCGUCAAGAUGGACUUUCAGGAGAUCAUGAUGUUCCUGCAGUCGCUCCCCACGCGCGAGUGGACCGAGAAGGACAUCGAGCUGCUUCUCAGUGAGGCGUACAUCUGGCAGAGCCUGUUCAAGGGCUCGGCGGCGCACCUGAGGGGCGGGCCGUCGACCAGCCGGAGCCAGAGUCAGAGCCUGCAGCUGUGA